AUGCGGGUCGCUGCUCUCCCCCUCGCCUCGUCGCCGCUCGCAUUCGCGCCAUCUCGGCGCGCUUCCUCCACCCGCUCCUGUCCCUCGCGGAAUGUAGCUCCGGCCUCUGCAGGCCUCCUGCUGACCUCAUCGCUUCUCCCCAAGCGCACCGUUCUCUUCAGUCAUCAUCCCCGCGCGGUAGUAGAUUCUAAUCACCUCAGCAUUGCAGCGCGUUCGCUGUCCAAUCCUAGUUGCCGAGCAGUCGCAAUGGCCGCUGCUGACGGUGGCAAUUCCGCGGAUGGAUCGAAGAUAUCCGUGCUGUUCGUGUGUCUGGGCAACAUCUGUCGCAGUCCGUCCGCGGAGGGCGUGUUCACGCACAUGGUGAAGCAGCGCGGCCUCGCGGACCGCUUCCACGUCGACUCUGCCGGAACCAUCGACUACCACGAGGGCAACCCCGCGGAUCCGCGCAUGCGCAAGGCGGCAGAGCGGCGCGGCAUUCCCCUGACGUCGCUGUCGCGGCCCAUCCGGCCGUCGGACUUCUCGACCUUCGACAUCAUCCUUGCGAUGGAUCGCAGCAACCAAGAUGACAUAGGCCGUGCCUUCCGCCAGUGGCAGCGCCCUCAUGAUCUCCCAAGAGAUGGCCUCGAUAAGGUUAAGCUCAUGUGUUCCUAUUGCCGCAAACUUAAUUAUGACGAGGUCCCCGACCCUUACUAUGGUGGCGCACAGGGAUUCGAAACAGUAUUGGACUUGCUGGAUGAUGCUUGUGGGGGACUACUUGAUUCCCUUAUUAACGAGUAG